UUGACGUUACACCGUUGCAUCAUGGGAUGCAAAAUUCAAUGCCUCUACAUUGUAGCGAUUAUUACCACUAAAUGGAACAAAUAAAGAACCGUUAAAGAAAAAAUGCAGAAAUGUUGCAUCCAUACCAUCUUCCUUCGUCGUGAAUGACUGUUUCAAGUGACUUUUUGCAGCCAUUAUACAGAUGCAUGAAAGUGUUUCAGAAAUGUGGACCAUUCACGACCUGCUCUAAUUCGCAGCAGUUUGGAGCUUUUAAAGGAACGUGUCGCUGGAUGUGCAAAAUGCUGAAUGCACCAGCUGCAGACAGAAAUAAAGACCCGAUCCUUUCUGUUUUGAAAAGCAGAGUGAAAUCAGACAGACAUGGGAAUGCUUUGGAAAUAUCGUCAGGCACAGGUCAGCACGUCGUUCACUUUGCUAACGCGUUGCCAAAUAUUACAUGGCAACCAUCUGAAGUUGAUGCGCACUCCUUAUCGAGUAUAGAGACGUAUAGACAGCAUUAUAGGCUGCCUAAUGUAAAGCCAGCCAUCUAUCUUGAUGCAUCACAGAGUUGGGAGAACUGGGCCGGAAUUCAGCCAGAGUCAUGUGACCUCAUUGUCAACAUCAACAUGAUGCACAUCUCUCCUCUAGCAUGCACAAAGGGUUUGUUUAAUGGUGUUGGAAAGAUACUCAAGCCUCAAGGAUUGCUUCUGACUUACGGGCCAUAUGCUGUCAAUGGAACAAUUUCCCCUCAGAGCAAUGUUGACUUUGACCACAGCUUAAGAUCAAGAAAUCCAGAGUGGGGUCUAAGAGAUAUAGCUUUCCUGACAUCGCUCGGCCAACACAAUGGAUUGCGACUUGAGGAAAUUGUUGAGAUGCCUGCCAACAAUAAGUGCCUACUGUUUCGCAAGGACAGCGUGGUUUGAUACAGUAUAUUUGUACCGUAUCGCACUGUAUAUGCAUUGCUUUAACUGUUCAGUGAUAAUAAAUAAUAGGAUGGAACAGGAAUAAAUGUUAAGGUUGAAAAAUAAGUGAUUGAUUGAAGUGAUCUAUUUGUCAGGCAUGGUGACCCAUACCCGAAAUGUGAACCCAUCCAGUGUGUAGUGAACACAGGUACACCCGGAGCAGUGGGCAGCUAUCACUGCAGCGCCCGGGGAGCAAGUAGGGGUAAGGUGCCUUGCUCAAGGGCACCUCAGUCGUUACCUGCCGGCCGUGGGAAUCUUCUGGUCACAAGUCCGACUCUCUAACCAUUAGGCCACGACUGCCCCCUUAUUUACAAACGGUUAAUUUAUCAUAAUAAGUGGAGUUUUCAACAUUUACAAAUGCAAUCCUAAAAUAAAUGGGAGUAUUGUCGCGUGUGGUAGUAGAUGGUUUGUCAUAAAUUCCUGGUGGUGGUCAUUACAGUACCAAACAUAUGCAUUUCUCUCUAACAUGAUCUCUUAAGACUUUCUUAUCCAUCGAUUUGUGUAGGCUUUUAAUGAAAUAAACGUACUUACAAAAUACAAUUAACAAUAAAUUGGUUGGUUACGAUACAGAGGUUGGAGUUUGAUUUUCAAAGCAGUAAAAUUGUGUAUAUGCUCUUUCUCUGAGUGUUAAUGUAAUGUCAUAAACACGCGUCUCUUGUUUCUUUUUUUCACAACCAAAUUCUCCUA